AGCGCGAGCGGCGCAAGUGUCAAAUGAGGUUAGUUUCUUUUUCUUUUCACGUUCGGCCGCCAUCGUUGCUGUUUUGGCAACGAGGUUAUUUCUUUUAUAUUCCAUAAAUUUAGAAGGAAUCCUUUGGAUUUUCCUUAAGCAAAAUGGUGCAAAAGAAGCCGAAGAAGAAGGUAGGAAAGAAAGUAGCAGCUGCUCCUUUAGCUGUGAAAAAAGUUGAACAGAAAAAACAAACUAAUCCUUUGUUUGAAAAAAGAACCAGAAACUUUGGAAUUGGUCAAGAUAUCCAACCUUCUCGCGAUUUAAGUAGAUUCGUUAAAUGGCCCAAAUAUAUUAGAAUUCAAAGACAAAAAUCUGUCUUGGCCAAAAGAUUGAAGGUGCCACCACCAAUCAAUCAAUUUACACAGACCCUCGACAAACAAACAGCGACGCAGUUGUUUAAAAUAUUGGAAAAAUAUAGACCAGAAUCAGCUGCAGCUAAAAAGCAACGACUAAAAGCAAGAGCUGAAGAGAAAGCUGAGAAAAAGGAAGAUGUGCCUACAAAGAGGCCAAAUGUGUUGAGGAGCGGAGCAAAUGCCGUAACAACUCUUGUUGAACAGAAAAAAGCUCAACUUGUUGUUAUCGCCCACGAUGUCGAUCCCAUUGAGGUUGUCCUAUUUUUGCCAGCUCUUUGCAGAAAGAUGGGCGUUCCAUACUGCAUCGUAAAAGGAAAAGCUCGUUUGGGAAGACUUGUCAGGCGCAAGACAUGCACUGCCGUUGCUCUUACGCAGGUUGACUCCGGCGACAGAGCAAACUUCACUAAAGUCGUUGAGGCAAUCAAGACCAACUUCAACGAUAGGUACGAUGAGAUCAGACGUCACUGGGGUGGUGGUCUUCUUGGCAGUAAAUCUACCGCCAGGAUAACGAAAUUGGAGAAGGCAAAGGCGAAGGAACUUGCCCAAAAGCAAGGUUAAUAGGUUGGAUAUUGUACACCAUUCUGGUAAAGCAAAUAAAAAUUUGUAAAAAAGACAA